AUGGCAAAGGUGGCGUCGUCCGGAGCAGAAGAGGCAUUAGCCACCAUCGAUGUUCAGCCGCGGAGGGUGAGUGUUUAUAUUAUUAACUUGAAUCAAAGAAAUGAAGCUGAUCCUGAGCCCCAGGAUGGGACGAAACCGUAUCUGGAAUUCAUCAGCGAUUUAUUUUUUCUCGAAUGAUUGUAAACGAGAGAUUACUGUUGAACUUCCAUUAUUAACCACCAAAGCCAAACUGCUUUCUUUGCAGAAUGUCAAAAAAUCGGAGGCAUUCGUGAUGUCGGGUGAUGUGUUGAUUUCUCUUAACCGAAACGUAUCGAGCACUUACGCCAAGGUCGGUUUGUCACCUUCCUCCCUCUUCCCUCCUCAACUCAUUGUUUCAAGCUACUCGGCGACCAACUGCCACCUACCACGACCGUCGUCUCGAGCACUCCUCCGCAACAGCUGCCCCGGGCCUCCGCUUCUGCGGGCGUCGCGUUCCCGUCAAUGCAGCGAUCCGGGAGCCAGAAGGCGUCGCGUCUUCCCGUUUCCACAAGUCAAAUAGAAAGUGCGCGGAGGGCUAACGUUACUCGAAAACCGUCGGAAGAAUCCCCGACUGCCAUCAGAAUGCACAAGACGGCGCCGAUCGAACGAAUGGAAAGUACGGAUGUGGAGGAUGACGUGGAUGAGUCGGAAGAAGGCGCCGCCGAGAAGGAGAACGAGAAGGAGAAGUCAGUGACUGACGAGCAAUUGAUCGGUUCGUUAUUUUUGAAAGCACAUCUGGGUUUAAUUGGGCGCUUUGGUGAAAAAAGUUCAAAUGGAUUCUUUCGGGAGCCUUCAUUUCGUUCAUUUUACGUUUUUCCUGACGCCUGCUGUUGUUCUCUGACCACAUGGCUAUUUAUCAUUGUUAUCAUGGCUCACCCAACAAAAUAAUUGAUUUCUCUCUUUUUUGUCUUUUCUUAGUCGCCAAUUCAAUGUUGCGGCGUGUGCAUUCAUUUGAUUUGGCCGACGCGUUAAAUAUCAAAAUGCAAACAUGGCGAGACACGGUUAGAAUAGUUGACAGGGAGGCAGGCUGUACAUUUCAUACAUGUUUGUGUUAGCCUCUGUUUUCACCUCGCUGCACUAACACACUUUGUACGUGUCUACUCCAGGUUACACCCUUGCGUCACCAUGUUUCCUUCUCGCUCUAAUCGGCUAUCGAUUUCAGUUGUACACGAAGACAUGAAAUCUCCGAACGAGGAGAUCGUUAACAAGAGUCUUCGUAGCGCUAUGUUCACGAUGCCAGCCGCCAGCAGUUCCUCCUCCUACUCUUCCCCACAAAUCGCCACUGCCGAGUCGCCCCGACACAUUCAGAGCAAAGGAGGUUCGAUUAAUAGUAGGGAUUCUUCUUCAUUAUCGUAAACGUUUUCAAUUUCAGAUGUCCCUCGAUCCCCUGUUUACGAUGAUGUUGAUGAAUUGGAUGGAUCGGAUGCUCGCGACAACAGCAAGAUCUCCGAUAGUUUCAGAUCUCCAGCCUCCGAGAAGCACUUUGUGAGUCUUUUGUUACGUUUCCCUUUUGUUUUGGACAGCGGUGUCCAUUGCCGAGUAGCCAUUCAACCACAUUUCUCCUUCAGUUACUCUGACUUUUCCUCUUUACCUUUUCAUGUUCUUCUAAAUUUCAGGAGAAGGACACCCCUUCUAAGCGCUCUGUCGUGACGAUCGACGCACCGCAUUCUUCGUACGAAGCGGACGACUUCAGUCGAGCCUACUACAGUACUGUCGAUACCACUCCGAAACACAGUUCCCCUUCACUCCGGAAGCAAAUGUUCGGCAAAACGCCUCAGUACACUCAGGCAACGAGUAGCUCCGCUUCGGCUAGUCCUUCACUUCACGCGGCGUCCGAAAGUAUGUCUAAUCUAGAUAAUAGCAACGGAAACAAUUUCGCACUUUUUCUGGUACAGAACGCGGCGGCGGGUCGAUUCGAUCGGACAGUAAUUCGGCGUUCGUUGUCAACCAGGUGGCCAGCACUUCGAUGAAUUCCGUUGGAGGAGAGCGAGAAGCUGCGCAGAUCGCCAGGAAGCUCUACGAACUGAAGACGUGCACUGCGAACGAUGUCGCCGAUCGGCUGAAUGAGCAGUGAGUUAAAAAGGUCGUAAUUCGGUUUCUUAACGUAUUCUCUUUCUAGAAACGACUUUGCUUUCCUCAUUCUCGUCAAAUAUCUCGAGUUAUUCCAAUUUUCGACGAUACGGAUAGACGCUGCUCUUCGGGAGUUUCUGAGUCGCGUGGAGCUGCGAGGCGAGUCUUCCGCACGAGAACGUCUUCUUCGAGUGUUUUCGGCUCGUUAUCUUGAAUGUAAUCCGUCGAUCUUUGAAAGUUUGGAUGAAGUUCACACUUUGACAUGUGCUCUUCUCCUUCUCAACUCGGAUCUUCAUGGUCCCAACACCGGACGCAAAAUGACUGCUCGCGACUUCAUCACGAACAUUGGACACACUGGGUGCACAUACAAACGUGAUAUGCUGAAGACUCUUUAUCAGAGCAUAAAAGACAAUGCUAUUGCUUUGCAACAGUAAGUUCUCGAAGUAGUCACGUUUUACGCAUGUUUUAAUUUUAGUCCAUCUGCGAAAAGCUCAGUAAACGGAUCAGCGGCUUCGAGUAUUAAACAACAACGCAUUUAUGAAGUGGAUCCUGAUUCUGUCGUUGAAUAUUACAGUGCUUUCCUUAUGCGAAAGUACGUACGAGAAGCUGACGGAGCAAAAAGUGAGUUGUUUUGUCAACUGAAAAUUUUUUCAUUAUUUCUAAUUGCAGCUCCGUUUGGUCGCCGUAGUUGGAAGAUGGUGUACGCGAGAUUGCGCGGUCUAGUAUUGUACUUUGACAGUGACGAGCAUCCGAAAGCUACGAGCCGAUACGCCUCGCUCGAGAAUGCAGUUUCUCUGCACCAUGCUCUUGCUGAACCGGCUCCUGAUUACAAGAAGAAGGCGUACGUGUUCCGAGUCAGAAUUGCCCACGGCGGAGAGAUUCUGUUUCAAACAAGCAACGAAAGAGACCUGAACGAGUGGUGUGCCAAGAUUAACUUCGUGGCUGCCGCUUUCUCCUCGCCAACGCUUCCGUUACCAGUCACUUCAAAGCCUGAAUCUGCUCCGAUGCCACGUCUUCCAAGAAUACCUUGUCUUUCUCCGAUAACAAAGCAGAUCCAGACGCACGAGUCUCGUGUAACCGAGCUGAACGAAAUGAUCGAGGUUGUAGCCCAAUCAGUCUAUCCGGAGCGACCCCAACAGCAGAUUCUAGAUCGACUUGUACUUUUAUACUUCGAGGUGAGAUUUCAAAUGUAUGAAAUGCUACAACAUUCAACAAUUCAGAAGCGAAGAUACACAACCUACAUAAAGGUUCUGCGCCGAAGUUGCGAUGACCGAAAAGCGUCGUGUGGCACAAUGAACACAGUAACGUCUCCGAAAAGAAGCCAGAAAACGUCGACUGUGUGCGAAGAUCGUCUGAGUUAUACGGACGCUGUUAAUAAUUGCCACUAA